CCCUUUUCCCCCCUCCUCUCUCUCCUCUUCUGCAUGCCUCUCUCUCUAUACGUGUAUAUAUAUAUAUCGAACUUGUUCCCAGUUGUUCAUCACCACAGCCCACAGGGUAAUGCAGUAGGGCUGAUAGCCGCCCGCCCCUCCCCAUUUCUUACAUCAGAUUAGGGCUUUUUCCCAUCGGACGCCAUGGCUGCCGGCGAUCUGUACGAGGAUGUCGAGAAUGGGCUGGAGACACCAUUAAUUAAACUCGCCGCCGACGAGCCGACGGCGGCCGAUCAAAGUAAUGGAUCCAUUGGAAUGGUUCUUCUCACCACAUUUGUCGCAGUUUGUGGCUCUUUCGAGUUCGGAUCAUGUGUGGGAUAUUCGUCGCCUACGCAAUCUGCGAUCAGGGAUGAUUUAGAUCUCUCUCUCUCACAGUUCUCAAUGUUUGGAUCGAUCAUCACAAUUGGGGCUAUGAUUGGAGCAAUCACAAGUGGCAGAGUCGCAGAUUUCAUCGGUCGAAAAGGGGCAAUGAGGCUGUCAGCUCUCUUCUGCAUCACCGGCUGGCUCGCUGUCUACUUCUCCAAGGAAGCUUGGACGCUCGAUUCGGGUAGAUUCUUCACCGGAUACGGUAUCGGAAUAUUCUCUUAUGUGGUCCCUGUCUUCAUCGCCGAGAUCGCGCCUAAAAACCUCCGAGGAGGACUCGCGACGCUGAAUCAGUUAAUGAUCGUGUGUGGUUCGUCUGUCGCAUUUAUUAUAGGAGCGACCGUGUCGUGGAGGACUUUGGCUCUAACAGGUUUGCUCCCCUGUUUUUUCAUCCUCACCGGGCUUUUCUUUAUCCCGGAAUCUCCGAGAUGGCUGGCGAAAGUCGGCCGCUGGAAAGAAUUCGAGACGGCGCUGCAUACGCUUCGUGGUAAGGACACCGAUGUUUCUCGAGAAGCUGCAGAAAUACAAGCUAGCAUCGACGAUCUGCAUAAUCUUCCGAAAGUCCGAAUGCUGGACUUGCUCGACGCGAAGUAUGCGCGCCCUGUCAUUAUCGGCGUGGGGCUGAUGGUUUUCCAACAAUUCAGCGGAAUCAAUGGAAUCGGAUUCUACUCGACGCAAUUGUUUGUAGAAGCUGGUCUUUCUUCGGGGAAGAUUGGGACAAUCGCAUAUGCGAUAAUCCAGGUUCCGGUAACAAUGGUGGGAGCGUUACUGAUGGAUAGAUCGGGAAGAAGGCCUCUGCUAAUGGUUUCGGCGGCAGGGAUGACAUUGGGAUGCCUUAUGACAGGGACUUCAUUCCUACUUAAGCAGGACCUAUCCUGGUCGCCUGAAUUGGUCCUGAUCCUCGCUGUCUCCGGCGUACUCGUUUAUAUCACGGCGUUUUCGAUAGGAAUGGGAGCUGUUCCUUGGGUGAUAAUGUCCGAGAUAUUUCCACUUCAUGUGAAAGGUGUGGGAGGAAGUAUUGUUGUGCUGGUGAACUGGUUGGGGGCAUGGCUUGUUUCCUACACCUUCAAUUAUCUCAUGUCAUGGAGUUCGACAGGGAUUUUUGCAAUAUAUGGUGGAUUUGGGGUGAUGACAAUUGUGUUUGUGGCAAAGAUUGUGCCUGAAACUAAGGGAAGAACACUCGAAGAAAUUCAAGCCAGCAUCAACUCGUCACCCAAAUUUGACCUCAAUUGAAGAUCAUGGCUGCUGUGGUCAAGAUUUGUUUAUUUAAUUUUUUUUUUUUAUUUUUUAUUUUCUUUCUAAUUGUAGGGUAUGAUUGGAUUGGAUUGGAUUGGAUAAGAUAGAAUAGGAUAGGUAUGGAUUGGACGAUGAAGAUGAUGAUGCUGUUUUGCUCUUGACUAUGUUACAAAUUGAUGAGUUUAAUUUGGCCUAU